CUCAGGUCGCGUCGGCCGUUUAGUUCUCAGGCGAAUGCCGUUGAGUGCGGUUGGUCCUGCAGCGAACGCCUGUUCGAUGCUUGGAGCGCGUGUGUCCUUAUAACUGAUUGGAGCAUAUCUGUGAAAACGAUAUCGUACUGAAUAAUUAUAAAUAGCUGUUGGUUUUAGCAACCGGCGAAACAUUGAUUAUCGAGACUAUUUACUAGUAAUUGGAGCAUUUUGCUGAAUAGCAUACAUGUUUGACUUGUGUGACAAGUGAACAGUGAGACUUAUUGUAUUUAAUCCGAAAUCCACCAUCUUGGAUCAAAUAAUACGUUCAACGUAUUGUCGCCCCGUCUAGUGUUUAUUCUCCAAAUUUGAGAUAACUGGAAAUAGUGUGAACUCAGUGAAAAGUGUGACGGGCUGUUUCGGAUUGGAGUAAUCGUGACUAGCGACAAGGUCAGUGUAAGGAAGUGUGAUAAAUAUCGGUCCCAUAAAGAGACUGAGAUCGGAAGCUGUUGAUAGCCUACGAGAGAAGAAGCGGAAAUCAUCAAAGCUAAAGACAGAAGCGUCAGCACCUUUUUUUUGUACCGGGCAAGAUAUAACCGUAGCUGCGGUUUCUCAAGUCUACGAGUGGUUAGUGAGUGAGUGAAGAAGGAAGUGAGUGUCCAUCAAGGAGCGUAUCAAGGAAAUAGGAAAGAAAUCAAACAGACGAAUCGAAGCAUCUUACCGACCGACCCAUUAAACCCACUAGGUUAUUAAAAGCAGCGGCAACUUGAAAGCGUCUUCUUUCUACCGAGUGAUGUUCUGAAUGAAAUUCGUCAAGAUGACGGGUCUCGUUGCGCAUAUCGUGCUCCUCAUCACCAUCGUCGCUAAUGUCGCGUGCGUCGAAUGGAAGCACAGCGCUGUUCUCGACAACAACUUCUUGGUUCUCUGGACCCCUGGGGACAGGGACGUCACGUUCGAGGUCCAAGUUAAGACCCUGGGCUACGUGGGACUCGGAUUUACCAAGGAUGAUAACCGAGUCGGGGCGGACAUGGUCAUCGGAUGGGUCGACAACAAUGGACAAGUUCAUCUUCAGGAUCGGCACGUCAAGGCUGCUGGCAGAGAUCCCCAAAUGGACACCAGCCAGGACUAUCGAUUGCUCCUUGGCUAUGAGAACAAAACGCACACGGUGUUGCGUUUCAGCAGAAGCUACGACACCUGCGACCUGCGCGACCUCAAGAUUACCAAUGACACCAUGCAAGUAGUAUGGCAAUAUCAUGCCGAAGAACCAGUAUCAGCAGCUGGUGUUUUACCAGCGCACGGUGCCGUGCAUGGAACCCGACCCCUUUAUCUGGUGCAACGGGAUGCGCAACCAAAACGUACACAUCGUAACCAGAAAUUGGAACCACCGUUGCAAGUCUGGGAUGUCCUAAAUCAACAGGUUCAUCUGCCAACAGAAGCAGAUACGCUCAUAGUAUGUCGCGUUGUCAAAAUGCCGAACAUUCACCACAAGCAUCACGUCGUGAGGUACGAACCAGUGAUCGAGCCAGGUAGACAGGAGUACCUCCAUCAUAUGACUCUCUACGAGUGUCGUGGCAAUCAUACGGAAUUAGAAGCGGCUUCUGAACAAGCAAAAGUAUGCGAGUCACUGUCAUUAACGUCUCUCCAGUGCAACACAAUAGCCGUGACCUGGAGCUUGGGAUCAGAGGGCUUUAAUUACCCGGCCGAGGCCGGAUACGCGCUGGAUCCACAUAGCGGACCGCGCUAUUACAUGCUGGAGACUCAUUACACGAAUCCGCAACUGGACGCCUUCAUUACUGACAGUUCCGGUCUCCGAUUACUUUAUACCGAUCGACUUCGGGUACACGACGCUGGUAUACUCAACAUAGGUAUUGAGUCCAAUUGGAAACACAUAAUUCCACCGAGGCAACCAGAAGUCAUCUCCGAAGGGCACUGCAUUGCCGACUGUACCGGAAAGACUAUACCCAGUACUGGGAUUAAUAUGUUCGCUGUGAUCAUGCACACUCAUCAACUGGGCAGGAAGGUCAGGUUGCGACAGAUACGUGCUAGCGAAGAGUUGCCGCCAAUUGCAUCCGAUUCCAGUUACGAUCCAACCUAUCAAGAGUAUCGUAGACUUCAGCGACCCGUAAAAGUCUAUCCCGGUGACCACUUGGUGGCAGAAUGUACCUACUCUUCGGAGUCUCGAAAGACGAUCACUCUGGGGGGACUGGCCACUAGAGAAGAGACUUGUUUGGUGUCUGCUCUGUACUAUCCACGGAUCGAGUUGUCUCUGUGUUACUCACUCCCAUCCUUACCCACAGUUCUGCACAGUCUGGGAAUACAAGAAUUAAUGAAAGGUUACGAUCCCGUGAAGAUCUUAAAGCCAAAAGAACUGGAAGGCAUGACCUUGGAGGAACGUCUCAUGAGCUACGACUGGGACACCAGUUUUCAGAGUUUCCAAGAAGCGACUCACGCGGGGACCUUCAAUCCCAUCUGCCUAAGUAGCAGGGGUGCCUGGAUAUUGGAACGCGAGGAGGUCUACUAUCCUCGAAUCUUAAAGCCAUAUAAGGAAUCGUCCCCACCCUGUUCGAAGAAGCCUUCAAGGAAUAAGUUGUCGAUGCUACUGAGCCAGGACAGCGAUAUCGGCGCCCCGGUAGAUCCUGAAAGCGACGAGGCCAAUGCCGUGGAACGUGGUCAACUGGUGCGCAGUAAAGUAUCGCGCAGUAGCGAAGGUCCAAUCGCCGGAAGUUCCUCGGCAAUGUCAGGAUCGAUUACCCUGAUCGUAGCCGUCGUCCUUGUGGCCUUCAGGUGAACGUGCAGUACCCGAUCUCUAUGGUGAAUGUCGGCGUAUCAAGCGAGCAAGGCUCGUAAAUAUAUAGAACGAGCACAGAGCGCUUACAGAAUCUGCAGCGUACGAGCGACGUAAAGCGUAAGUACAUAAUACAGGAUCGCAAGCAAGAAACGUAUCUUCCUAAGUACAUUCAGUUUUAUUGUAAAGAUCUCUUCUCCUUUCUAUUUUUUUUCUUCUUUCUUCUCUUCAUUCCUCCUCCCCUUACUCUGCUUUCACGACCCACCGUUUCGUCGCGACUGCGUCGCUCUUGAUGCCAAUACUACCAUGUAUCGGGUCAUUGGAUAUCUUUCGCCCGAAUCUAGCUAACUGAAGAACCUUUCAAGGGUAUUGAAAAGUUAUGUCCUUUGCGAGAACUUUAUCGACUCGAUUUGUGAGAUCGUUUGAGAAGCACGAUUUAUCACGAGAAACGAGAGGAGAUUCGUUAAUGAUUGGUAUCGCGAUAUUGAUUUUUUUUUUUUUU